UUUUUAUUGCUAAUCUGAUGAAAGAAGUUAUCAACGAGAUUGGUCAUGAAAAUGUUGUGCAAAUCAUCACCGACAAUGCAUCAACUUGUAAGGCGGCUGGAGAGAUUGUCACGAGUGAGUUUACUCGCAUCUAUUGGACACCAUGCGUGGUACAUACGCUUAAUCUUGCAUUGAAGAAUAUAUGUUCACCAAGGAAUGUGGAAACCAAUAAAACAAUAUAUGAUGAAUGCAAAUGGAUAACAGAAGUUCACAUGGAUGCGGUUGCAAUAAAAAACUUUAUCAUGAACCAUAACAUGAGACUCUCCAUUUUAAGCAAGUUUACUCUUCUUAGAUUGCUUUCGGUUGCUGAUACUCGUUUUGCUUCAAUUGUUGUGAUGCUUAAGAGAUUCAAACUUGUCAAACGGGGUCUACAAGCUAUGGUCAUAAGUAAUGAAUGGGCUUCUUAUAGAGAGGAUGACACGGUGAAAGCUAACUCUGUUAAAGAGAAGAUUUUGGAUGAUGAUUGGUGGGAUAAAGUAUCAUACAUUCUUAGUUUUACUGAACCGAUAUAUGAUAUGAUUAGAGUUUGUGACACCGACAAACCAUGUCUACAUUUGGUGUAUGAGAUGUGGGAUUUAAUGAUUGAGAAGCUGAAGGCCGAGAUCUACAAGAAAGAAAAACGUCCCUUAUCUACUCGUAGUAUCUUUUAUGAUGUUGUGCAUCAAGUUUUAGUGGUUCGGUGGACGAAGAAUAACACUCCUCUACAUUGUUUAGCACAGUCUUUAAAUCCAAGAUAUUAUAGUGACGCAUGGUUACUUGCGGAUAGUAAAAGACUCCCUCCUCAUAGGGAUGGAGAAAUUUCACAAGAGAGGAAGACUUGUUUUAAGAGAUUGUUUCCUAAUGAUGAUGAGCAUGAUAGAGUCUUGGAUGAGUAUGCUUUGUUUUCAAUGAAGGCUGGUCCUUUUGAAUAUUUAACAUGUAUUACAAAGAUGGAUACUAUGGAACCCAAGUCAUGGUGGGCUAACUUUGGUGCUCAAACCCCUCUUCUCCAAACUUUAGCUUUAAAUUACUUGGACAACCUAGUUCGUCUUCAUGUGUUGAGCGAAAUUGGAGCACCUAUGCAUUUAUCCACUCGAAGGAGGAACAGAUUGACUACAAGUCGUGCUCAAGACUUGGUUUACAUCCACAACAAUCUUCGGAUUUUGUCUAGGGCCCCUAAUGAUGUUGUAAAUAUGUGGGAUGUGGGUGGAGAUGCUUUUGACUCGAUGGAAGAUGUAGGAUUUUUGGAGUUUGCUGAUCUUUCAUGAGAUGAACCGGAACUUGAAAGCGAUUUGCUUGUUAACGUUUGAUUAGAUGUGGAAGAUAUGGGAUUUUUGAACUUUACAUCAAUAUAUAACUAUUUUGGGGUUUUAUGUUACAUUAUCUUUAAUAUAUAUUUAUUUUUUAUAUGUUUUUA